GGAAUCCCUGAAACGGAAGAACACCGACGACCGGCGGUAAAUCAGCAUCCAAUCACUUCACUACCUACGCAACAUUGUUAUUCAAUCUGGAAGAUGAAUUUCGAUCACUUUUAGUGACUAUACAAAACCUCCAAAAAGGUGGUAAUUUUGAUAAAGGAACAAGGGUAUAUAUAUUUUCCCUGAUGCAUGAUACAGAAAAGAAGUUACAAGUGUUCAACAUGAACAAGGGUGAGGCAUACCAAAUGCAAACGACUGAUAAAGAUAAUAGACGGAAGGAGCACCUCCAACAACUUGAUGAACAAGAACAACUCAUAGUCAAAAUUAAAGGGCUAAGAGAGGAAAAUGGUCGUCUGAAAUACUACAAUAAAUACCUAGAAGGAAUUAUAACGACACCUCCUAAACAAGGACAAAGCAGCGGUAGUCAGCACGCAAGAUCAUUCACUAGCGGUGUAUAUGAUGCGGGGAGAAAGAAACUGGAUGUUCCGCUCGCAAGCGUUAAAGAUAAGACGAAAGAGAGCUCAAGAGAUGCAAAAGAAAAGAAAGAGAUUGAAAAAAUAAGACAUUUGGAACAACUGAUUGAGAGGGACGCUCAAGUUAUUGAUGAGUUUCAGAAAGAUAACGGAAACUUGCAGUCAUAUAAUGAUAUUCUUAAGAAAGAAUAUAAAGACAUGAAAGAAAAGUUUAGACAGAUAUCAGAGGAGAAAAAUUCUUUGAUGAUGAGGCUCAGUAAGAUGGCUGGACAAAGACUUGUGCACGGCAACCCCGCCAUAGCAGAUCUGAGUGAUCCUAACCGACCAACCAAACUUGGGGAAAUAUACAGCGAAAUAUAUGACAAUGAAUGGACAGAUGCUCUUGAAGGUCUCUUGGAUGCAGGUUACGAAGAAGUUGAAGCAAUAAUGACUUUACGACUUACUCUCAUGAAUGUGAUAGACUUUUGUCGGAGGAAGUCUGAUAAACUACUACAGAAAACAGAGGAAGCUAUGAAUUUUCUUUUUGAAGAACUAAAGGAUAUGGAGAAAAGGAAAAAACACUUGACAAUGACAAGGUCUUUGUCUGCACAAUUGCUGAAGGAAGUAUCUUUACAUGGAUUCCUUGGUGUUGAUAUUGAUCUAAGGGACAAGUGGAAAUCUAAAGAUAAGAACAAAAAACCACAGACUUACACCCAAAGUCACAUUGAGGUCACAAAGCCGGAUGUUGCUGUCGGUCAGCUGAAAAUGUUCAGAAAAGAGGUCGCUGAGUCAAUGGUACCGAUUGUCCAGAAGGCAUAUAUGGCGGCCAGUUGUUGGAAUGAUAGUCAAUUCAUAUCAGCGCUUAAACCAUUUAUAAAGAAAUGCAUUUUCUUGGGAUGGAUGAUGGUUGUACAAUCACCGCCUCUUGCUUUGGCUGUCUGUCAUCCAGAGGAAGAGUUUGACAAGAACAUAUAUAAGGAAUAUACCACACGAGGACCUAAAGUCAGUUAUGUAGUCUGGCCAGCACUUUUGCUACAUGAAAAAGGUCCUGUCAUCGGAAAAGGCAUAGCGCAAGCUCAAAAGGCUUAAAGUCAUCACUUGUUCUCAAUAGUAUUUGUGUGGUAAUGAUAUGUACACCGGUCGAACAACUUUUCUUGAACUGAAGGAAAUUUGUUUUGCAUUUGAUAUCAUACAAUGAAUGUUUCUCAUCUUAAAGACAUAUUUUUAUAUAAUCAAGAUGUAUUUUAUAUUCAAUAUUCCUUAUUUCAUUCUGAAUACAUAAAUUACUUCCGGAAGGUGCGUCAGUUUGACAUUGUUAUAGGAACAAUGUUAACUUUGUACAAGCUAGAUAGCGGUCCAUUUAUUAUGUAAUGUUCAAUAUAUCUGAGACUGAAAGGCGUAUGAAGUGGAAAAAACCUUCAAAGUCACUAUACUUUACUGAAAACUGCGGUCAUCACUUGUUCUCAAUGGUAUUUGUGUGGUAAUAGUAUGCACACACUUUUCUUGAACUGAAGGAAAAUUGUUGCAUUUGAUAUCAUACGAUGAAUGUUUCUCAUCUUACAGACAUAUUUUUAUAUAAUCAAGAUAUAUUUUAUAUUUAAUAUUCCUUAUUUUAUUCUGAAUUUAAAAAUUACUUCCGGAAGGUGCGUCACUUUGACAUUAUAAUAUAUAUAACAACAUGC